AUGCUAGGCAUAGCACAAAAUGCGGGGAGCAAGGUGACUUCAGCAGUCACCAACACUGCUCACCACAUUGAGGGUGAGCUGAGCCUCUUUACCAUGUCUGACAACAAAAUUUUGGAGCUCAUUUAUGCAACCCAUGUUCAUGAGGACGACUCGUUUGAUGUCGACUCUCUUUUCUUGGUCACUGAAAACAUCAUCAAGCGUUCAACUCAGAACGUUGAUAGCAUUGUGCAGGGCACCCAAGUUCACGUUGACACCAUAGAUGAGAAGCCCCCCAAAGCCAGCUUCAGCUCCCCAUUGUGCACUCUUAAGUCCAUUGGCUGCGAGAUGUCAUGCAAGCCUCCAGGUGAAGAGAUUUCCCACAAAUCAACACUAGCAAUACUUAACAAGGUUUCAAACUAUUCAUGGGAAUCCAAGGCAGUGCUGGCCCUUGCAGCCUUUGCUUUGGAAUAUGGAGAGUUCUGGCUGCUUGCCAAGAUUCAUCAAUCUGACCUCCUUGCCAAGUCUCUGGCAAUCCUUAAGCGGGUGCCGGUGCUUCUGAAGCCUGCGGAUCUCCAGAAGCGCAGGCAAGCGGUUAUGGAGCUCAACGUUCUGAUCAAGACCACAUUGCAAGUGAUUGAGUGUAUCUUUGAGCUGGAGAAGCUUUCUACUUAUGAUCCGAAGGAUGUGCCAGCACUGGCAGUUGCAAUGGAUCAUAUCCCUGUGGAUGUCUAUUGGUCUAUCAUAACUAUUGUAGCUUGUGCCACUAAGAUCACCCUUCUCACUAGUGAUGAGGAGAAACACUAUGACCUAUCCCAAUUUGCUCAAAAAAUCCACUACAUCCUUAACAAGCUUAAGAUACAAUUGUUGAUCUGCAAAAAACAAAUUGAGGACGCAGAAGCUUACCGGAGGAUAAGGAAAAUCUUUCGAACUCCUACUGAAAUCAAGGAGGUUUUCAAGGCCCUGAUCUUUAGCAAAGACAAUGUUCAGCCACUGAUUGAUGGUUCUACUAAACAAACGGUUGAUAUCGACAUCCUGAGGAAGAAAAACAUACUACUAUUCCUUUCAAGCCUAGAAAUCACUAAUGAUGACAUUUCUAUCCUCAAACCCAUUUAUGAGUUCACUAAGAAAGAGGACCAGCAUAAGAUUGUGUGGAUUCCAAUCGUCGAGCAGUGGACCGAUGAGCUGCAAAAGAAGUUCGAGACCCUGAGGAUCAAGAUGCCGUGGUACACAGUGCAGAUCUCUGCACCCAUAGCUGGUAUCAGGUUCAUCAAGGAGGAGUGGAACUUCAAGGGUAAGCCUACAUUGGUGGUGAUGAGCCCACAAGGAAAGGUUGAACAUUCCAACGCAUUCCACAUGAUUCGGAAAGAGGAUGAGUACAUUUUCUUCUAUGGAGGCAAAGACAAAGAGUGGAUGAAACAAUUCAAAGAGAAAGCAACUGCUCUUGCAAAUGAUCUCAUCUUGAAGGAAGCAAAGAUUAACAUAAAGUUGUUUUGUGUGGGGAAAGACAGCAAGGGAGAAGAUGACUUUGGCAUUCUAUGGCGCUUCUGGACCGGAAUAGAAAGCCUGUUCCACACCAAGAUACACAAGCAGGCCGACUCAGCCACACUAGAUAUCCAAAAGCUACUUUCUUACAAAAAUGAAAAGGACUUUGACAAAUGGAAGGGACAAGUGAGAGAGAAAGGCUUUGAGUUUUGUUUCACAACAUACUAUGCGAAGAUGGGCUUUACACCUUGCUGCCGCCUUGAUAUUCCAGGCUCUACCGGGAAGGUCCCGGACACAAUGAAAUGUCCCGAUUGCAACCGUAGCAUGGAGACGUUUAUCAGUUACAAGUGCUGCCACAUUGAUGCUCCUAAUGUGCAUCAUUAA